AUGGAGGCCGGUAACACCUUCGCCAACUAUCCUCAUGCGCUUUACGCGACCGAUGUCAAGUUCCAGCCGGCCUAUCAUCCACGUGGUCGUUUUACUGAGCAGAAGGUCUACUUUUCGGCGAAGCACAAGCUCUACAGCUUCAAGAUUGAGUGCUCGGUGGCACUCCCUGGCCUCGCGGUUGACGUCUCCGAUCACUCGCCUGGAUCCUGCUCGGAUGUGAUGAUGAUGCUGGACAGGCUCUCCGUCCAUCGCCAGAUGCUGCGCAAGGACGACACGUCGGCCCCUGAGCUUGGAGCUGUGCCGACGCAGUUCCCGGAAAUGUGGGCAGUGCUCGUGGACAAGGGGUACCAAGGUGCUGGGCGCGUGCUUCGUACUGUCCAGCCAAAGAAGAAGCCGCGCGGAGGAACUCUGGACCGGGUAGACCUCGCUCGGAACAAGGCCGUUUCAUCGGAUCGAGUGCUCGUGGAGAACUUCUUCGGCAGAAUGUGCAUGCUGUGGAAGGCUACCUACGCGACGUUCAAGUGGAAUGAGAACCGGUUCGACUGCGUCGCUCGACUGUGCACCGCGCUAACCAACUUUCACGUCGGUCUAAUGCCGCUACGCGCUCGUGACAGCGAGCAUUACGACAUGGUGCUCGCCACGUACCAGUCUAUGGGUGACCGCAUUCGGACGGAACGGGCUAGGGCCCAGCGCCAUUACCGCAUGCGCCAGCGACUGCGCUCCCUUACAGCACACGGUCUUCCGGUUCUCAGCGCGAGACUUAGUACGAGUCGGAGGAGUCGGUUUCGUUCUCUUUCUAAGGGCUGCUUUGAGCUACGUUAG